AUGAGUGACCGAAAAGUUGUUUUGGUAACGGGGUGUGCUAAAGGCGGUAUUGGCUUUGAAUAUUGCAAAGCGUUUGCGGAACAAAAUUGUAAUGUUAUCGCUUCAGACAUUCCUCAACGGAUGGAUGAUAUGUCCGAACUACAAGAAAACCAAAUCGAGACGUUAGAGAUUGAUGUUUUAUCGGAUAUAAGUGUUUCAUCUGCCGUGAAGGCUAUAAUUUCCAAACAUGGCCGAAUAGACGUGUUGAUUAAUAAUGCAGGGAUAGGUAGCACGGGCCCUUUAGCCGAGCUCCCGUUAGAUGAGAUUAGAAAGGCUUAUGAAAUCAACACUUUAGGACAACUUAGGAUGGUGCAACAAGUCGUGCCGUCUAUGGCUACCCGAAAAAGCGGAGUCAUAGUCAAUAUUGGGAGUGUGGUGGGCAAAGCUCCCACACCGUGGGCUGGGUCGUAUUGUACUAGUAAAGCAGCGGUUCACGCUAUCUCGAAUACUCUCCGAGUAGAACUAAAACCGUUUGGAAUUAAUGUAGUAUUGGUUGUUCCCGGGGCUAUAAGAUCAAAUUUAGGGGCCAAUAACAUUGAGAAGUUGUCAAAUUAUAAAUGGGAACUUUAUAAGGACUUCGGCAAAGAAAUAGCCGAACGAGCCCGAGCUUCUCAAGUUGGAAAAUCGACUGAUGCGGCUUUGUUAGCACGACACGUUGCCAAGAAGGUUUUGAGCCCGAAACCACCAAAGCAAAUAGUGUUUGGUCAUAUGACUACUCUAUUCUCCUUCCUUUCGGUCUCUCCACUUUGGGUUAGAGAUCUUUUCUUCACAAAAAGGUUCAACCUAGACAAGAAAUUGUGA